AUGUUGAUUAUUGACACAUGCAAAGCAGAUCAGCACGUGAAACACUCACUGAAGUAUUUCAUCAGUGGAUCUUCUGGAGUCCCAAAUGUUCCAGAGUUUUCUGGUGUAAUGGUGGUUGACGGCAUUCAGACGGGUUAUUGUGACAGCAGCAAUAAGACAUUAAAACCACAACUGGACUGGGCAAAGAAAAUAUUACAAACUAAUCCUGAGCAGCUGGAGUGGUACACUCAGAAGUGUUUUGAGGAUCAGCCAAAUGUCUUCAGAGGCCACAUUUUUAGAUGGAAGCAGCGUUUCAACCAAAGUGGAGGUGUCCACGUCAUACAGAGGAUAAGUGGAUGUGAAUGGGAUGAAAACACUGACAGUGUGACUGGAGUGUUGCAGUAUGGCUAUAACGGAGAAGACUUUCUUGAAUUCGACAUGAAGACACUUUCGUGGAUCGCACUGAAACCAGAGGCUGACGUGAUCAAACAGAAAUGGGAUGCUGAUCGGAUCAGAACAAUAAAGAACAAAGACUUUCUCACUCAGAUCUGUGCAGAGUGGCUGAAGAUGUAUGUGGACAAUGGGAAAAGAUCCCUGCACAGGACAGUUCUUCCCUCAGUGUCACUCCUCCAGAAAACUCCCUCCUCUCCAGUCAGCUGCCACGCUGCAGGUUUCUACCCCGACAGAGCCGUGAUGUUCUGGAGAAAAGAUGGAGAUGAGAUUCAUGAUGGUGUGGAAAAAGGAGAUAUCCUCCCAAACGAUGAUGGCACCUUCCAGAUUAAUGUUUAUCUGAAUGUUUCAUCAGUCAAACCUGAAGACUGGUGGAGAUACAAGUGUGUGUUUCAGCUCUUGAGUGGUGAGAACAUCAUCAUCACUAAACUGAAUGAAACAAUGAUCAGAACCAACUGGAGAGAAAACAUACUUAGGACUGGCAGAGAGAAACCUUCUGAUAUGACAGUUACCAUCAUUUCUGCAGUAGUUGUUCUUGUUCUCAUCAUCGUUGCUGCUGCUGGAUUUGCUGUUUACAAAAAGAAGAAAGAACCUAUCCGCUUCGUUUUCUAUUGA